GAUUUGAUUAGGCUUUCCAAGAAAUUUGUUUUUGGCGCAUUGAAAAAUGGAACAAGUUGCUCUAUUUAGAGUCCCAUUGCACUUGGAAGACCUCUUUAAAGAAGAAUCGGAGGGAUAUCAUGUAACAGAGGAAGACAUUGAAAAAUACGAAACGUCUGUGGAUAUUGACGAAGAUGAACUAUCCCGACUGUGGUUUCUACCUUUUCCAAGCUUAUCACACGAUGCAUGGUGUCAAGUGUUCUUGGGAGUAUACAACUUUCGCACUCUAGAAGAUGAGAAAAAGGAAACGCUUUAUUGUAUUGUAACGAAAGGAGUUGAAAACGCACUGGAAUAUUUGCGAGAAGUCCAAGACCCAGACAUUGCGAAAAACCUGUUGAAAGUAACGACUUUUAUAUUGACUCAUUUUAUUGUUGAAGUACAAAAGGCGCAUCUCGAUGAAAUACGAGAACAGUCUCCUGAGGAACUAUCAAAGACUCAAAUAUCAAAUAUUUCAAAGAAGACAAAACAAUCAAAGUCGAAAGAGAAUCAUAAAUGGAAUUGGAAUGCGGAGAAAAUAGGUGUGACUUUAGAUUGGGUACUUAGACUAUUGGAGAAGUGUUUCUCUAAAGAGGAAACAGCAUAUGAAGUAGGUGACAAGGAAUUCAUAUCCUUAUUUGCACGUGUAUGCUACGUAUUGAUCGAGGACAACCUUGUCUGCAGAAAUCGUGAGCUGAAAGAAGUCAUCUUUGCUAUUCUCAAAGUCGUUUUUGAAACUUUGCACUACCGACCUAGUGCAAUCGCUGCUUUGCUUCAUCUUGUACGCAAAUAUGAACAUGCAGCUCCUCUCAUAGCAGAGCUUAUUUACUAUCUCGACAAUAACUAUUUGAGGGGAUCAUUAGGAGCAGAAGUAAUCCAAGAAAUAUCUCAGUAUGACCCUGUGGAGUUGUCUAAAGCUCCUGCGAACUCCAAAAAUAUAGCAACUUUUCUAUGUGAACUUACUGACCGAUCUUCGGCAGGUAUAAAGGAAAACCUGAGUUUGUUAGUUGACCAACUCGAUUGCGAAUCCUAUUUUGUUCGCAAUAGUGUUGUUCAUGCGUUAGGUCGUUAUCUUCUAUUUACAUCUUCGGAAAGCAAAGUGGAAGGAAAUGAUGAAGUGGAAAUCACCGCAGAAUUAAGAAGCUCUCUUUUCGAUAUUCUUCUGAAACGAGUUGAUGACAUUCACGCGUUUAGCAGGAGCAAAGUACUUCAAGUUUGGCAAACUCUUGUGGAGAAUCGAGUUGUUCCUCAGUCUCUGUUUCCAUUACUGAUGCAACAAGUUGUUGCAAGACUUCGGGAUAAGUCUUCCAUCGUUCGAAAGAAUAGCAUUGCUUUGUUUGAGUCGCUGUUAUCGAACAAUCCCUUUGGACCUUCUCUUGUGUUAGCGAUCUAUGAAAGCAAGCUCAAGUCUUAUCAAGAAGAUGAUUCGCAUUUACAAAAAUUUUCUGAACCUUCUCAACUUAAUGAUUCUAAUACUUCCACGGAUAAAGAGAAAGCAAUGGAAUUCUAUCAAUAUGCUGUUCAUUUCAUCGUCAAGAUUUCCGAAGCUAUUCAAAUGUUAAGUUCACUUGUAUGGUCGAGAAGUAGCUUAGAUGUUCAAGAAGCCAUAUCAUGCAUUGUUACUGCAAGAAAAUUUGAAGUGGAUAAUUCGAAUGUUGCAGUUCGCUCUAUGCUUGGUCUUGUUUUUUCACGAGAUACAAACAUUCGUUCUGCAGUUAUUGAAGCAUAUAUUCGAUUGUUUGUUGGGGACAACGAAAAGGAUUGUUUGCGACGUGGUAUGGAUGUAAUACGAGGCGUGGUUCAGUUGGUUUCGGGUGCAACAAUUGGUGAAGUUGCAUGUGUUCAAAAAUUGCUGGAAGAAUUUGCAGCAAAGAAACUCAUUGAUAGCAGAACUAUUCAAAUGCUUUGGGAUAUUGUUUUCGAGAAAAUACCUGGCGUUCAAAAGAAGCAGAAGAAACCUUCACUGUUGGUUCUAACCCUAAUAGCCCCCAGUUUGCAAGUUUUGAUUUCAGAACAGCUGGAAGAAAUGCUACUUGAACAAAUGAAAACAUGGAUUCGAGAGGAAUGUGAGUUGUGUUGUUUUGCCUUUCGUAUUUUACAACAUUCGCCCACUAUCUUGAAGAAUAAGGUAGUUUUGCACGAGCUUGGUUCCGAGUUACUUGGUAGUUUGAAUUUAAGAGAAAGAAAAAUGGAGCAGUUUGAGAGGUUUUUAACUUCCAGACUCUGUCUUCUUGAAGAAUUUUCCCGCACGAUUUACCGUUGCGAUGAGAAGCCGUCUGCUAUUGCCGCCUUUAUACUGAUGUCACUAUAUGAACAACUCUCUUCGGCUUUAGUUGAGAACUCGACGAAUGAAGAUAACACUGGUGAUCAUUUUGAAAAUUUAUUGGAGUCAUAUGCUCUGAAUACAUUGUGCAUCUUAGCGUCAUUGUUUCAUUUCUCGGGUCAUGUUGCCCUAAACGAAUUAUCUCUAUGGGAAAGUUUUAUACGAAGAUACAGAGAGUCAAUGACAAAUAAACAAGUUGAAGAUGGAACAAAAGACAUCGAUGCUGAAGAAAUCGUACCCGAAGAGCAGGAAGACACCAGUACAAAUGAAAGAUAUUUAGAUGCUCUAUUAAUUCAUGCAAAGCAGGAAAUAAUUUCGAAACAAGGAGUUGUGGGAAAGCUUGCCUCUCUUGCAGUAGGAGUGAUUCUACAAAAACAUUUCUAUCCGAUGAUAAAAGCCUGUGCAAUAUCAUAUAUAACCAAAUUGAUGUGCGUUGAUGAAAGUUUUUGUGAACAACACCUUAAAGUUGUAUUUACGGUUCUUGCUUCAGAGGAGCCUGCUUCCAUCCGUGCAGAUAUCAUUAUUGCGUUGUGUGAUCUUGCAGUCCGCUAUCCCAAUCUCAUCGAACCAUGGUCUUCACAAAUCUUCCGCUGCUUACAAGACAGCUCAAUCGAGGUUCGAAGGAACACUAUGAUGUGCAUCACAUUUUUAGUCCUCAACGAUAUGAUGAAGGUCCGUGGUCAGGUGUCAGAAAUUGUGCUUUGUUUGGUAGAUAGCGAUUCGCAAGUUUCCAAUAUGUGUCACUCGUUCUUCUUUGAAGUUUCCAACAAGAGCAAAGGCUUUAUAUAUAAUAUCCUUCCAGAAAUAAUAUCCAGUCUUUCUAGUAUGAAAGACCUUCCCGAAGAACAUUUCAAAACCAUCAUGAGUUUUCUCUUUAGUUUUAUUGAUAAGGAACGUCAUACGGAAGGUUUGGUGGAGAGAAUUUGUCAACGUUUUCGUUUAUCUGAUGAUGUAUCAUGUUGGAGAAGCCUGGCUUAUUGUUUGAGUUUGCUUUCCUAUUCAGAACGUACCAUUGGCAAGCUUUCAAGUAUGUUAAAAUAUUACGGGGAUAAACUACACGAUGCUGUGGUAUUCCAGACAUUUUGCAAUAUUGUUUCCAAGGCAAGAAAAUUUUCAAAGACCGAGUUUCGUGCCUUUCUUGAUGACUUUGAGGAGAAGUUGGUCGAGUGUCAACGAAAGCAUGAAGACCCUGAUGAGAAUGAACAAGUUACUCAGACAAACGAGUCAGUUGAUAAUAACAAAAAUCUGAAAGACGAAAAACGAAAACUUGUAAAGAAACAGAUUCGAAUUGUUGAAGAAACGAGUGAAGAAGAGCAAGAUGAGGAGGAAGAUGAGGAGCCACAAGAAGUCAUAAAAGAGUGUCCUGUUCCGAUAACUGAAGACUAUACUUCUUCUGAGCACUUGAGUCAACAAAUCAAACGAUUAUCUCUUCGACAGGUGUUGCGACAACGAAAAUAAAGUGUUUUAUGGUUCAUGAAGCUGUUGUUGAAUAUGUG